AAUAUCACUGCCACGUCUAAGCCUUCUCGGUGGAUAAGAUAACUAGUUCCUGGCUACGUCAUUGAAGCCAGACUAUUAAAGAGCUAAUACUGGCCCUUUCUUUUUAUUUUCAAUGAUGAAGAAUACUGUCAGCUAAAUACUAGGAAGAUGGAAUGUCUGUUUGAAGCUAUCGCGGCUCUCGUAUGCUGCUGCACUGCCAAUCUCGAGCUCAGUCGACCUAGAAAUUCCUCUCCAAAUGCCCCAACAAAAAAUGUGAGUUGUGUCCUGAUUAUAUGCUUUAAAAACAUAGCUGAUGAUAUGACAGAAACUCGGUGCGAGAGGCAGCAGUACGAAGACAUAAUGCGAUUCGACGAAACAUUCGUCCCAGCAUCCCACCAUAGCCGGGUGGAGCAUAUUCAACACAACCAUCGCAAAAACAUCGCCGCCGAGUCAAACACAUACACCAAUACCUCAUGGCUGAUCAGAUCCUAUCAGUUCCCUGGAUAUAGCCCACGAGCCGAACACCGAGCGCCCAAGGCUUAGCUCGCUGCGAUGUACUCUCACAGUCCCCUGGCCUGAAUGUGCCUCUUCACAGUGGACCUGUUCUUUGCAUCCUUUACAUUCUCCUGCAAAAUUGCAGUUGCAUUUAUAUAAAUUCCGGGAUGAAGCACCGUUCUCGCGAUUUUG